AUGUCAGAAGCUGCUGGUGAUCCGAUAAUUAAAACUGAACCACAAGAAUAUCCAAUCGAAGACAUUAAACCGGAAGUUGAGGAAGACCCUGAAUCGUAUUCAGAGGAUGACAAAACAUGUCUAAAGAGAUUUAUGAACUCUAUUGUAAAAAUAGAAGAAGAUGUCAAACAGGAAUUAAUUCAAACUCCUUCUUAUAAAUGUGACAAGUGUCAUAGAACAUUUAGAAAGUUGCCUCAUUCAGAACAGCAUAUCUUAAAUUAUUGUCAUAAGGAUACAUAUUGUUCAGAGUCUUUUUCAGAUGCAAGUGCAUUAGAAAUACAUAUAAAAUCUUAUACAUGUGAAAAACAUUUCACAUGUACAAAGUGCGGUAAAGCAUUUACUGAAAAAUAUCAUUUAGAUCAACACAUUUGUGCCUUUGCAAUGGAACAAAUUUUACAUUUGAAUGAAUCAAGUAAUCGAAAACGAAAUCUUCGCACUCAUACUGCAAAGGGGCCAGGUGAACGUCCUCAUAUUUGCCAAAUUUGUGACAAGAAAUUAACACAAUCGAGUAACUUGAACAAACCUAUGCUAAUUCACAAUGGGGCACGUCCUAAUAAAUGUAAAAUAUAUGGAAAGACAUUUACAGCAUCAAGUAGCUUGAAUAGACAUAUGCUCAUCUACACACUGGUGAACAACCCCACAUUUGCCAAGUUUUGUGAUAAGACAUUCAUACUGAAGACCGCCCCUUCAAAAGCAAAAUGUGCAAUAAGGCUUAAUAAAGCUUGCAAUUGA